UGUGACGACGUGUUGUGUGCAUUACUAAAUUAAAACGCAGAAACCAUUACAUGUUUGAAUGCCUUAAAGAAAGUGAAGAAUUUUAAAAAAUAAAUAAAAAAUAAUAUAAUAUCUUGUCUUUUGCAUAAACUUGUUGUAAAUUUAUGUACGUAUAUCUAAAAAUAAAACGCAUGGAAAUGUGUAAAUAGAAAAUACUUUUGAUGCUGAGAGCCGAUAAAAACGUCACAAAGUGAAAUUCUUUGAAAGAAAAGAAACAUAGAAAACACCAACAAUAAUUGCAUAAACGAAUGUGUGUCAAUGAGUUCUUGUAUUUAUAAGGGAAACAAUAAUAAUAAACUGUCUGCAAUUAAACUAAAACAGAAACAAAUAGAACACAAUUGUUUAAAGAAAGUUAUUGGCCAUUAGAUCUUACAUGAUGCGAUAUACAUAUGUAUUUGUGUGACCUGUAAUGUUAUGGCAUGUUUAACGAGCAUCCUGCAUAUGUACUUCAUCAGUUUGGUUCGUUAUUUGGGCAUACGUAAUCCUUUGGGUUCACGACAUCGUUCAACGAAACGUUUGGCUGGCAUGACAAUUGCCAUUGUCAGGGUAAUGACCAUGACUGUAUCCAGCUCGAUAUCAGUAUUGGCUUGGGUGGUCGUUUUACUAUACGUCCUCAAUAUUCCCAGCAGCAGCUGCAAAUGCUCAGUAGUUUUAGCAAUAAUAGCAGUUGUAACAAAUAUUGCCUUGGCGGUGAGGCCAGCGAUAGUAAUCGUAAUUUCAACAAUGAUUAUAAUGAAAAACAUCAACAACAGCAUCCUUACCAGCAUCAUCGCACUUCUUCCUCUUCGAAUUUUUCUAAUGGCACCACCACAAGUCGACUGGGAGCGGGAGGAGGAAGUGGCCGUAAUGGUCGUCAUGGCAAUGGUAAUGGCGCUGGCUAUCACGAUGAGUAUGAUGAACCUAUUGCUGGUGUCGCCACAUCCAAUACUUCUCGUAGUAGUAGUUCGAAUUUUCGUAGCAGUAUUUUACGCCAUUCAUCGUCAUCAUUUUUAUGCAAUAAACCCACUAGUUUUAAGGUUAUAGUUGCAUCGCUAACUAACGAACAUAACAAUGAUAAAGUACCUCAUACACAUCCACAUCAACAACAGCACCAAACUUCCACUUUGUCCACCUUAUCGUCAGCUUUGCUAACGGCCCACCAUCAGGAAACAAAUAACUUUUGGCAUUCAUCGCAUGCUGGUAAUGUGAAUCUAAUGGAUAGAUCCCUAUACGCUAUCGUGACGUGGCCGAGAUUUAUGAUGUUUUAAGUCUUUUUACACCCUCGGCUUUAUCAUUUUCUAUUUUAUUUUGGGGUUAACCUUUACCAUCACCAAAUUUAUCAUCAAAUAUUAAGCGAUUUUCGCGGUAGUUAAACAGUAACGGAAGAAGUGCUAUAAAUAUCAUGUAUAAAAUUUAAUAAUC